AGGUGGAGAGUGAAAGCAGCCCGCUGAUUGGCUGUACAUCUUCAAACCGUCGCCUGCCGGGGAUAGUCAAAAGGGGUCACAGUUCCUAAGGUUCAAGAUUCACCCGUUAUUCCUUGUACAGCCAUGGCCCAGCAGUUCUGGGCUUCCUGUCUUUUUCCACUGUUUUUGGCUGCCUUGGCUCAGGAGACUCUGAUUCCUCAAAAAUCGAAGGUGGAUUGCAACAAAGGCGUGGCUGGAAGCAUCUAUGAGUACGGAGCCAAGACCUUGGAUGGCGGAGAGUACGUCCAGUUCCAGCAGUAUGCAGGAAAGCACAUGCUCUUUGUCAACGUGGCAUCCUUCUGUGGUCUGACAGCCACGUAUCCUGAACUGAACGCCCUGCAGGAGGCGCUGCACCAGUUCAACGUUGUCGUUCUGGGCUUCCCCUGCAACCAGUUUGGAAAACAAGAACCUGGAAGGAACUCAGAGAUUCUCCUUGGACUCAAAUAUGUACGUCCAGGCGGCGGCUAUGCCCCCAAUUUCCAGCUCUUUGAGAAAGGUGAUGUGAAUGGAGAAAAUGAACAAAAGUUUUAUUCUUUCCUAAAGAACUCCUGCCCUCCCACCUCUGAACUUUUGGGCUCUCCAGAAUAUCUCUUCUGGAAUCCCAUGAAGGUCCACGACAUCCGCUGGAACUUUGAGAAGUUCCUGGUGGGAUCCGAUGGAGUCCCUAUCAUGCGCUGGUUCCACCAGACUCCUGUCAGAACUGUCCAGGCGGACAUCAUCGAGUACCUAAACCAGACCCUCACCCUGUAGAACGUGCUUUACAAGUAGUGUCUUUGCUCCACUCCCUCAGCAGCCUCCAUGGGACCGCAGCACGCAGCACUACCCGAGUCCCUACUAAGGUGCAGGUGAGCAGCUCCGGAUGAACUUAUAUAGAAGUUUAUUUGUGGUAGACAAAACAUGCUUGGAAAAUAAAGUCAAAGAAAAAAUAUACCCAAAUAUCUGACUCUGAUAUAUCGUUUUUCCUAAUCUACUCCAAAAGAAGGUCACAUUUUAGAGUGGAUGACCCAGACAAUUCCAUAUAUUGAAGAAGUGACCCAGAAAGAUCUUAAUCUAUCAUUCACUGCCCUCAUGGGUUAAAGGAAGUGGGGACGAGUGGCCAGAUCCUCUGGGUUCCCUUCCCAGCCUCUUCUCCUCCCAAUCUGAGCAUGCGGUGCCAAGCUGUUGUUCUGUUUAGCCCACUUGGUGACACACCAUCCUACAGUUUUCUUAGGGGAUUCUGAAGGUUGAGAGCAGAACCCUCCCUCAUGAAGAGAGGAGCAUCCCCACAGUGCUAUGUCCUAAGGUCCCUCUGGGUCAGACCCUACCAGAGCCUCCCUGGAUGCCUUUCUGUUAGUGAUUUCUGGUCAUGGUACCUGGCCACAGAUGUUCUUAACACCAACUGGUGUACUUUGGUCUCAUCCGAGUGUUCCCAACUUCAAAUUCUUUCCUAUUAUCACUAUCUCAAAUAAUAACAAUAGUCUAAU